CUUUCCUCUGCCGGCGCUCGACCGCGGCCACCGGUCGCCUGCGCCGCCUCUGCCGGAGCUCGCUCCUGCGCCAGCCGUCCGUCUUUGCCGCGGCUGCUCCUAGCUCCAUCUCCGGCCGACCACUCGCCCCUGCCCUGGCUCGCGUCCGUCCUCCGGCUUCUGCUCACCCCUGCGCCGCCCGCCCGCCCACCCCUGCGUCUGCUCUGCUCGGCUCCAUCGAAGUUCAUCCGCGCUGUCCGCCCCUGCCUACGCUCCCCCACAGACGGACUCAAGACGGCGCGGACGGGGAAAAGAAAAUCUGUGAAAAAUUCACCAACCACCCUCGUGUGCGUUCCCGCCCCGGCGCGCCGCCAUCGCCAUGACCGCCGCCGCCCCCUCCACCGCCGCGUCCCUCGUGCCUGUUUCGGCUGCGCGACCUCUCGCCGGAAGCACCGUUUCUUUCGGUGCUUCAUACCAGACGAGGAGAAAGAUUCCAGCGUGGAGAGUCCGCUGUGCUGCUGACGACGAAGCAGAGGAAGUCAAGGAUUUGGGAGUCAAUGUGGCACUAUCCAUGCUAAAGUUUUACAAACGGGAAAUAUCGCCUUUACUGCCUUCAAGCUGCCGUUAUGUGCCAACUUGCAGUGAGUACUCUAUGCAGGCGUACAAAAGAUAUGGUGUUGUAAAGGGUACAAUCUUGACUGCUUGGCGUCUGUGCCGCUGUAAUCCGCUUGGCAGUUAUGGGUAUGAUCCUCCAAGGUGGUUUGGUGAGGAAGAUCUACCUCUGCAAUGAUGCCUGAUGAAAGGAUAAGAAUCUGCAUUAUCUAUGAAAUUCUGUCAAGGAGCAUGUAUGUGUUCUUUUUGCCAAUGGUAGCUUUACGUAUAAUGUCCUUUUCUUAUUAUUGUGCGACUCUUCCUAGGUAAUUGUUUGAGUGAAAUUAAAAAAACGACAGUUUGACAUGCAGAAUUACACCUCCUUUGCUCCUGCAUGCUAGUGUCAGGACCCAACUGUGUUUUGCUACUUCUACACCCUGUAAAGAAUCUGUCAAUGAAACAGACAGACGCAUGGUUAUAGGACUUGCAUUUGGAAUUAGUCACCGAAUCUUAUUAGAUGCAUAGAAUGCCAAAAAUUCUUCGUGUCCAAUCAGCUGAAGGAUGAGUAUUGACAUGUUCUUGAACAUGAGGACAGUUGAAAAAAAAACAAAACUGCUACUUAGUGGAAAAUUCAAUGCACCGUGGAACAAUUGUAGUUAAGGAGUUUAAGGGUUACUUAUUAUUGCACUCGAAGUCUUUACCAAGUUAUAAUCGUCCUUUG